AUGUCUGAACGAUUAUUUCCCCCUUCCCAUCAGUCUCAUGUCUCUCCUCUCUCAGCAUCUCGAGGCCUCAGUGAUGACAAGCUGCAUGAUUUGGAGGUGCUUGCUGAACGCGUGAUCGCUCAAACGCCGAGCAGUGGCCAAGAGCUAGAGCAGCUGACAGAGCCCAUCGUUAUCCUUUUCCAGCGGAACAGCCAAACCAUUCAGAGGGCAUCAGAAGUUUGGGUCCCUGACAUACGGAAGGAAAUUGAAGAAGCUAAAGUCUUGUCAGAACGUGUUCUGGAUAAACUUGCCCCCAUCGAGGAGCGUGCAACAAAACAGCUCAAAGUGUAUGAGUACGAGCAGAGAAGGGCGUCUGCUGCUUCUGUCCAGCUUGAAUGGCACGCAGCUUCUUGGAUGGUCAAGUUGCGCAAGGUGUUUCUCGGAGAAGUUAAAGGGAAAAGAAUGAAACUCCUGCGUAUUGUCGCUCCUUUUGUUCUUGGGUUCGCUAUUCUUCUUCUCGUAGGCUUCGCAGGACGGCUGCUCCUUAGAUGGGGGUUGCUUGCGUAUUACCGGAAGUUUUGA